AUGAACUGGCGAGACGGGAUUUGGUUAUGGGUCUUGUGCAAGCUUGGAGUGCAGGCUCCCCUGGCCGCGAGCCUGACGUACCCAGCAUCCCGGACCAAGAGGGCCCUAUCAACCACCGACGCGUCACAUCCGUGCCCCGGGUCCCUGAUCCCAGGGUCGGCUUGGCCCAAUGCCGGUCCCGCGGAGGCGCUAGUGCACCGGUCUCGUCGGCUGCACCGCCUGGCCGGUUACGAUGCCAACGUUGCGGUGGCACGCGUUGGCAAACCUACCAUUGCCGACACUACCGCGAUCCAAUAG